UAGAAUUCAAGAAAAUGGAGUUUGGAAGAUACGAUCACCGUCGGUCGGCUACCGAGGCCCAAGUCGUUAUGCGAAUGCGUAUGCUUGCGGACCUUAAGGAACGACUCACGAUCUUCGUCGACGGAUCCAACAACAUGGAACCGCACUGCAAGCGAUAUGCCUCGGUCAACGUCUGGGACCUUCUCUGGAAGGGUCGUGGCGAUGCCGAGUUGGAGCGGUGUGACGACGUUUUGGAGCAAUGGUUGGAGUGUCUACGUAUCAUGCGAUCGGAUUCACACACUCACUGGAAAGUCAUCACUCCAGCGUCUACCACAGCCGUUAGCUCGAUUCGUUCUUAUUGGCAACCUCAUGCCUUUGAUGUCAUUUGGUCCCACCUUGGGGGAUGGAACGCCAUCGAUGCAGCCUACAACGACUGGGGCUUCACCGUUGUGAGGGUUUAAGCUGGAAUGAAGGAUCAUCGGAACGCCUGGAAGGCAAAUGGACUUGCAAGAUUGCCUAGUAAAUCGAUAAUGGCCUUGAAAUUGAUUCUAGGAUUGCUUCAAUUUCUCUGGUGUUCGGACUUUGUUUACUUUCAGACAUUGGAUAUUUUGGGGCUGCGGGCAUGGCUAGGGGAAACAGCUUUUCUUGAUGGUAAUACUCACUAUUCUUGACCUUCUAUAUUCUCGACAUAGUCGGAAUAUCAAUGAGGUAAUCAUAACACGGAUUUAACUUUCUGGUUCCACUCGUAUGGUAGUAAUCUUUGCUG